AUGGCGGCAAAUCCUCCAGAGACCAAAUCUGAAGCCGAGUCACUUGUUCCACAGUUCCAGCUCGAGAGAGUGCUCAAUCAAGAUCAAAAUGGCCGGCGAAUAUCCCUGCUGGGCACGAUCGCGUCGCAACCGGCACUCAUCACGCUCGAGCGGGCGGCAUUCCCGACGGACUCGGGUCUGGUCACGCAACUGCUGUCGUCGCUCACGAACACGACCAACCUCGGCGCCAACGACAUUUACCGGUGGUACAUGGCGAACCGCACGGUGACCCCCGGCGUCAAUGCUUCGUCCGCUGGUUCUUCUUCUGCUACUUCUUCUUCUUCUUCUUCAUUGGACCCUCAGGUUUCAUCGUCACAGCUCCCGGACCUCAAACUGAACCUCAUCUACCCCUGCACGCCGAAACACGUGCAGAAGUACUCGGCGCAGCGGGUGCGCAUGGUCACCGAGACGCCGGCCAUCUACCACGGCCACAUCCGGCCGUACAUGUCCCGGCAGCGGGCGGCGGGCAGGCUCGACUGGGUGUUCAACAUCCUCGAGGGCCGGACGGAGCAGGAAGACGUCAUCGCCCGGUGCGACUGGGACGACGACGACGACGACCCGCAGUCGGGGGGUUUCCUGAUGCUCCCGGACCUCAACUGGGACCGCAAGAGCGCGCAGGGGAUGCACCUGCUCGCCCUCGUGCGGCGCCGCGACCUCUGGUCCCUGAGGGACCUGAAGAAGAAGCACGUCCCCUGGCUCAGGCGCGUGCGCGACCAGGUCGUCGAGGCCGCGACCACGAGGGUCGAGUUUUCCGGCGGCGAGGUCGUCGCCCCGGACGAGGUCAAGUGCUACGUCCACUACCAGCCCACCUACUACCACUUCCACGUCCACGUCGUGCACGUCAUGCUCGAGGCCGGCACCACCCAGAGCGUCGGCAAGGCCUUCGGCCUCGCCAACCUCAUCUCCCAGCUCGAGCGCAUGGCCGGGGACGACGAGACGGGCAUGGACACUGUCGAUCUGACGUACUUCGUCGGGGAGGAGAAUGAGUUGUGGAAAACCUGUUUUGGCCGCUUGAAGAAUGGCGAAGAGGUGGAUUUGAAUUAA